CUGACAGAGGAGUGCCCGGGAACCACGAAGCAAAUGGACAUCAAAGGCCAGUACUGGACUGACGAUGAUUCGGAUGGAGACAAUGAGUCGGAGGAAUUCCUCUAUGGAGUCCAGGGGACCUGCGCAGCGGAUCUGUACCGACACCCGCAGCUGGAUGCCGACAUUGAGUCGGUGAAGGAGAUCUACAGCGAGAACUCUGUGUCCGUCAGAGAAUAUGGGACCAUUGACGACGUGGACAUCGACCUCCACGUCAAUAUCAGCUUCCUGGAUGAGGAGGUGUCGACAGCCUGGAAGGUCCUACGGACCGAACCCAUUGUCCUGAGGCUGCGGUUCUCCCUCUCUCAGUACCUGGAUGGACCCGAGCCAUCGAUCGAGGUUUUCCAGCCAUCUAAUAAGGAGGGGUUUGGCUUGGGUCUUCAGCUGAAAAAGAUCCUGGGAAUGUUCACGUCCCAGCAAUGGAAACACCUCAGCAAUGAUUUCCUGAAGACCCAGCAGGAGAAGCGGCACAGCUGGUUCAAGUCAAGUGGCACCAUCAAGAAAUUCCGAGCAGGCCUCAGCAUCUUCUCUCCCAUCCCCAAGUCUCCCAGCUUCCCCAUCAUCCAGGACUCCAUGCUGAAGGGCAAACUGGGGGUGCCAGAGCUCCGCGUCAAUCGCCUUAUGAACCGUUCCAUCUCCUGCACCAUGAAGAACCCCAAGGUGGAGGUGUUCGGCUACCCCCCCAGCACCCAGGUCGGCGGCCAUUGCAAGAACAUCCCCACACUGGAGUACGGAUUUCUUGUCCAGAUAAUGAAGUAUGCGGAGCAGCGGAUCCCCACCCUGAACGAGUACUGCGUAGUGUGCGACGAGCAGCACGUCUUCCAGAACGGAUCCAUGCUCAAGCCGGCUGUGUGCACGCGGGAGCUGUGCGUCUUCUCCUUCUAUACCCUGGGGGUGAUGUCUGGCGCGGCGGAGGAGGUGGCCACGGGAGCAGAGGUGGUGGACCUGCUUGUGGCCAUGUGCCGGGCUGCCCUGGAGUCCCCGCGCAAGAGCAUCAUCUUCGAGCCGUAUCCCUCCGUGGUGGACCCCAGCGAUCCCAAAACACUUGCCUUUAACCCCAAGAAGAAGAACUAUGAGCGUCUGCAGAAGGCCCUGGACAGCGUGAUGUCAAUCCGGGAAAUGACCCAGGGCUCGUAUCUGGAAAUCAAGAAGCAGAUGGACAAGCUGGACCCUCUGGCACACCCUCUCCUGCAAUGGAUAAUCUCCAGUAACAGAUCUCACAUUGUCAAGCUGCCUCUCAGCAGGCAGCUGAAAUUCAUGCACACCUCACACCAGUUCCUCCUGCUGAGCAGCCCCCCAGCCAAGGAAGCCCGGUUCCGCACAGCCAAGAAACUCUACGGGAGCACCUUCGCUUUUCAUGGAUCUCACAUUGAGAACUGGCAUUCCAUCCUACGCAACGGGCUGGUCAAUGCGUCCUACACCAAACUGCAGCUGCAUGGAGCAGCCUAUGGCAAAGGCAUCUAUCUGAGCCCCAUCUCCAGUAUUUCCUUUGGAUACUCAGGGAUGGGGAAAGGACAACACAGGAUGCCCUCAAAGGAUGAGCUCGUCCAGAGAUAUAACCGAAUGAACACGAUCCCUCAGACUCGAUCCAUCCAGUCCCGGUUCCUACAGAGUCGGAAUCUAAACUGUAUAGCACUUUGUGAAGUGAUCACCUCGAAGGAUCUCCAGAAGCAUGGGAACAUCUGGGUGUGCCCGGUCUCGGACCAUGUCUGCACCCGUUUCUUCUUUGUGUAUGAAGACGGACAAGUAGGAGACGCCAAUAUAAACACUCAGGACCCCAAGAUCCAGAAGGAAAUCAUGCGUGUGAUCGGAACUCAGGUCUACACAAACUGAGGGGCACCUGUGGAGCCCACACUUUUCACGCAGGGAGCCGGCGAGCCGCUUCCCCUGGUGCAGGCAGAGAGGAGCCGGGUGUCCGAGGCUGCCAAAAGGAGCAAUGAAAACACUGGCUUCAUGAAGGAAACAGACAAGCGUGGGGGUGGGGUGAGGGCCUCAGCAUCCUCCUUGGAGCAGGACUCUGCCGCUUCAGCCAGCACCACAUCUGGAGGGCAAUGGCUCCGGUGCCACAUCUGGGAAGUGGAGGUGCGACUGUGAGUCAGGUUUCCCAGCUGGCUCCCUGCUGCCUGUGCAUAGAUGUAUAGCAGAGAACGCGGCCAGGGCGGGCUUGUUGAUAUUUUCCCAUUCCCCCCCGCCCUGAUCACCCUGUAUCCCAGCACUGACCAGGAGCCAUGGGCACGUCCUGCCUCAUGUGCCUGCCCUUGGACCUGGGCGUUGCCCCUGGGCACAUGGCCGU